UCGGUGCUUCCUCCUCCACGCGAGACGCGACUAACUCCAUGGCCUCCGAGCUCAUCUACCGCCGUCACGACGCCUCGCCGCCGGAAUUUGCCGAAAAGUACACCCCAAAGUCGGAGAAGUCCCUCAUCUGGCUCUCCCGCUCCCUCCGCUACUUCUUCCGCCAGCAGCGUCCUCUUUUCCUCCUCUUCGGUAUGGCCCUCGCCGCCCUUUUCUUCCUCCUCUCCCCUCGCUCCUCCCCCUACCCUUUAGACUCCGAUCGAAACAUGUGGAUGUCCACCGAGGCGGCUCACUCCUACGGCGCCCACCAUUCCCACCGCGCCGCAAUCCAGACGGCCUCGAGAGGGCUCUACGUCGGGGGGAAGAUUCCGCUGGGGCUCAAACGGAAGGGACUCCGCGUCGUGGUCACCGGCGGGGCGGGUUUCGUGGGGAGCCACCUCGUGGACCGCCUCAUCGCGCGGGGGGACAGCGUCAUCGUUGUUGACAAUUUCUUCACGGGACGGAAGGAGAACGUGAUGCACCAUUUCGGCAACCCUAAUUUCGAGCUCGUCCGCCACGACGUCGUCGAGCCGAUCCUGCUCGAGGUGGACCAGAUCUACCACCUCGCCUGCCCCGCCUCGCCCGUUCAUUACAAGUUCAACCCCGUCAAGACCAUCAAGACAAACGUGGUUGGAACUUUGAACUUGCUCGGACUGGCGAAGAGAGUCGGUGCCAGGUUUCUCCUCACCAGCACCAGCGAGGUCUACGGCGAUCCUCUGCAACACCCUCAAGUGGAGACCUACUGGGGUAAUGUCAACCCCAUCGGUGUUCGGAGCUGCUACGACGAAGGCAAGCGAACGGCCGAGACACUGACCAUGGACUACCACCGGGGAGCCCAAGUCGAAGUGAGGAUUGCUCGGAUCUUCAACACUUACGGUCCUCGGAUGUGCAUCGACGAUGGCAGAGUCGUCAGCAACUUCGUGGCACAGGCCUUGAGGAAGGAGCCGUUGACUGUUUAUGGCGAUGGGAAGCAGACAAGGAGCUUCCAGUACGUCUCUGAUCUGGUGGAGGGUCUGAUGCGGCUGAUGGAAGGGGAGCAUAUCGGUCCAUUCAACUUGGGCAACCCGGGUGAGUUCACCAUGCUCGAGCUUGCGAGCGUGGUGCAGGACACCAUCGACCCAAAUGCGAAGAUUGAGUUCCGCCCCAACACAGAAGAUGACCCCCACAAGCGCAAGCCGGACAUCACCCGUGCUAAGCAGUUGCUAGGGUGGGAGCCCAAGAUCUCCCUCCGACAAGGCCUACCCCUCAUGGUCUCCGAUUUUCGACAACGCAUCUUUGGCGACCAAUCGGAGGCCGCCGCCACCACCAGCACCGGCGCAGAUUAAGGUGUCGUAAUUCGCGCUAGCAGCUAUUCAUCGUCCCUAAGCUUUGUAUAAAUUACUACUAUUUCUGCAGAAUGGUAUAGUGUACGAGUAGCACAAGCAGAAUGUAAUUUUAGUUAUUUGUUGUGGACCAUAAAGUUUAUAAAUGUAAUAUUAUUGCACAUGAACUUAAUAAAUAUCAUAUUAUUAUUUGCCUCCA